AUGCUUUUAACUUCUAUAGAUCUCGAAGAUAGACUACGUUACAUAGCUGUAAAACCUAACGCAUCGAUAUUUGCACUGCGACAAAAAAUAUGGCACUUGCUUGAUCUGCCUGACUACUGCGAAGAAGUGAUCGUAUUAAAGACAACUGAUGGCAAAGAGAUACCGCUCACUCAACUGCGAAAAGGCAAUCAUCCACAUCAUCCUUACAUCUUAGAGGUUUGGAUGCCGGAAGCACGGCCACAAUUAACUAUUAUGCGUAACAUGCUGACAUUGGGCAACGGAGAGAGCAUCAUAAACAGCAGCGUUACCAGUGUAAGGGAAGAAAAAGAGCUAGGUGACAAUGCAAUAUCUGCUGCUAAUGAAAAUGUUCCAGUAAGCUGUGCAGUGUCAAAAGAAACGAUGCCAGCGAACAACUUUCCGUUCUCAGAUAAAAAGUGCUUGAAUUUAUUGAAGACAGAUUACAAAUCGGACAUAACCUGUCAAAUAUCAAGUACCUCUGUCUUUAAACUUGGAAGAAGAAAUCGGGAUAGUUUCACAAAUAUCCUACUAAAAAUACAAAGUGAUCUAUGUACUUUGAGCAAUAAAUUGUCUAAUUUAGAAAACAGAAUUCCAGUGUAAAUAUUAAAUUGUUUCACGAAUAAAAUUCCAAUAUGAAUAAAUGAUGUUUCUUUUAUUUUGCAAUAAUAUAAUACAAUACAGCUUAUGAAAAAUAACAUCCAGAUUUACUGUACAAAAAUUUGAGACAAUUUGAUUCUUAUUUACAAAUAUUUUAAAUGUAGACCUACUACACAUACCUAAAUGAGGGAAACUUCUUCGACUAUUAUUUGACUAGGAAUUAUUAUUUGACCAGUCUAUAUACUCUUGAUUUUUAAUUAUCUAAACUUCGUAGUUAUUUUAGGGUAUGUUCCGAUAUACACUGGGACCACUGAACAGUAUGACGUCAAUUUAGUAUACUGGAAGCCCGUUCCUUUAUAGCU